GGACACGGCCUCGUCUUGAAAUCCAGGGAAAUCUAAAUAUUGGAUAGGUGUAAGACUCAAACACAUAGUGGGGUUAUUUAUAAGGGGCAGAUCCCUCAUGGGGGUAACAAAAGGUAAUUAGGGAUUCUUCCACUUUUCAUCAUAACUGACUUGCCUUUCCAACGGGAUCUAUUCAAAUUAACUACCCAUUAUUAUUUGGUAAGGUAACUACAUUUCAAAGUUUGACAUCGCAAUUUGGAUAUUACAUCUUCAAGGAAUAUCCUGGUGAGUUAUGGAUGUAUUAUUUUUCUCGGGGACUACCUUUUGGAUACUUUCCAAACUAUUUUUUCAAAGUACCGGAUGUUACUUGUUUUUUCACACGGUCUCGCUCAAAACUGGAAGUAAAUACCUAUAAUGACGGAUGUACUUUUCCUUGAAGAAUCUCUUCAGGCAUCAUACCUUUACUUCAAGGAUUACCCACUCAGGGCAUCACUUUUUAUGCUCUUUGCAACAGCUGAUAGUUGGACUACUUUUCUACUUUUUUGUCUGUGGAUUCCUCUGUCUGGAUUAAAUUUUGCACAAGAGGAUGGAAGAAAUGACAUUUUUUUAAUACAGAUGAAUAAAAAAACAAUGGAGGAAAUUUAUGUUCAAGACUAUCUUCAUUUAUCUUAGGAUAAAAUUAACCGUGUAUUGUAAAAACGAAUUGUCCCCAAAAAUGGAAGCUUUACCAAGAAGAAUUUUCAGGAACACUGAGGAACCAUGCAACUAUCAAUGACUGUGGAGCUAUUUAUGUUUUGGAUUGAUGGCUGUGAAGACACUGAAACACUUCAAAGUUUGGAUGUACCCCCUGGAUGUAUGCGGUACUGAUUUGCAAUUAAGGAUGUACGGAUUUAAACCCUAGCAUGGAUAGGUGUAGCUGCUGUUCAUUUGGAUUACUCAAGUGUGGAUGUAGCUGUGUAAGGCCUCCAUGAAGAGAAGAGCACUUCAUGUUCCAGAGCUGAAGAUAACUUUUCAGAUUAACUUGAUAUGUUGAGGGAAAAAAAUGUAGCCUUUAAGUACAUCUGAUGAAGAUCCAUAGGUUGUGGAUUUAGCUCAGCAGCCUUGAGGAUUUAAUUUGCCUGCAAGUCAUCAAGCUUUUUCCAUGCUCAACUAUCAACCAGUGGAAUAAACUUUUGAACCUUUUUUGAAUUCUUAUAUUAUUCCAGAUUUUUUGGAAAGUACUUCUCCCUAAUAUACAACACAUGACCAGUCCAGUUGGAUAUAUUUUUCCUCCAGGAUCCAACACACUGUAGUCUGUCGGGAUUGUACUCAAAUGACCCUGAAGCUGAUCACCUUUUUUUUUAAUCCAUUUUUAUUUGUAAAGGUCUUAUGUUCCUUUUUAGCCAUGUGUCCUAAAAUCCAUUAAAAGGUCCAUCUCUGAUUAUUUUGUUUUUUCCUUUUUCCAUCCAGUGAAGGGAAUUACGUAGCAUAACUGUGGAUUAUACAUCAACAAUCUUCUGACCUGGUGCUCCACAGUAUUUGAAGAAAAUGUGCAGUGCGAUUCAAGACAACCGUUUUUGCCUAAUUAAAUCAAUUGAUUUUUUCCCCCUUGGUUUUUUUAUUCGGGCUCUCUCAUUCUGACCAACUAGAUUUUAUUUGGAUUAGUUUGGGUUACUUCUUUUUCCAAAAGCAGCUCAGAGAGCCGUGACCGUGCAUAUGAACACAGCCCAUAUGGACAUCAUGACCGUGGUGGCACUUUUGACAGGCAGCGUCAUUACAAUGCUGAUUAUUACCGGGAUCGUUCUAUGUUUGCUGCUGCUGGCCCAGGAAGUAGUGCUAUUGCCGGAAGCUUUGAGCCAUCAGAUCCACAUUUUGACUCUAGAAUUAGAGACCCCUUUACGCUUACUAACUCUACAAGACGUGACCUAUACAGAGAUGACCGAGGUCGACGUGUUGAUAGGACCUACCAUCAUCGACGGAGCCGAUCAUCUCAUUCGUCCCAGUCAAGGCAUCCAUCCCCACAGCGGACCACAGGACAGACCUCUAAAACUCCUCAUUCCCCUAAAAGAGCUCCUUUGUCCCCUGGGAGAGGCCAGCGAUCUCGAUCCCGCAGCAGGUCUUCAAGCUCAGACUCUGUCAGCAGUACCAGCAGCACAGGCAGCGGCAGUGAUUCAAACAGCAGUUCAAGCGAUGGUUCUCGGGCACGUUCUGUACAAUCUUCAGCUACGCACGCACCUCCUCCGUCUUCCAUGGUGCUCGACUCCGAUGAGCCACGCAGAAGCUUUGGAAUUAAAGUGCAAAACCUACCAGUGCGCUCCACGGACACAAGUUUAAAAGAUGGCCUUUUCCAUGAAUUCAAGAAACAUGGUAAAGUGACUUCAGUGCAGAUCCAUGGAGCAUCAGAAGACCGCUAUGGUUUGGUGUUUUUUAGACAGCAGGAGGAUCAGGAGAAAGCCCUGAAUGUUUCCAAAGGAAAGCAUUUCUUUGGCAUGCCUAUUGAAGUCACUGCUUGGAAUGGUCCUGAAACAGAGAGUGAAAAUGAGUUCAGGCCUUUGGAUGGGCGCAUAGAUGAGUUUCAUCCCAAGGCCACAAGGACACUGUUCAUAGGCAACCUUGAGAAGACCACCAGUUAUCAACAGCUCCUAGACAUUUUUCAGCGAUUUGGAGAAAUCGUGGAUAUUGACAUCAAGAAAGUGAAUGGAGUUCCACAGUAUGCCUUUGUGCAGUAUUCCGAUAUUGCAAGUGUCUGCAAGGCCAUUAAGAAGAUGGAUGGAGAGUAUCUGGGUAGCAACAGACUAAAGCUUGGAUUUGGGAAGAGUAUGCCCACGACAUGUGUUUGGCUGGAUGGUUUGGCAACCAGUAUUACAGAACAAUAUCUCACAAGGCAUUUCUGCCGCUAUGGACAUGUUGUCAAGGUUGUGUUUGACAGAUUGAAAGGGAUGGCUUUAAUCUUGUACAACAACACAGACUUUGCUCAGGCAGCUGUAAGAGAGACCAAAGGUUGGAAAAUUGGAGGCAAUAAAAUAAAGGUGGAUUUUGCAAGUCAGGAGAGUCAGAUGGCAUUCUACAGAUCUAUGCAGGCAUCUGGUCAAGACAUCAGAGACUUCUAUGAAAUCCCUCCUGAAAGACGAGAGGAACGCAGACCUCCAUACCAUGAAUUUACAGCAGAAAGGGCAUACUAUGAGAAUAUCAGAACCCCUGGGCUCUAUCCAGAGGAAGCUCGAAGAGAAUAUGCAGCUCGCAGCAGAGAACGGUUUCCUGAACUUGAACACUAUCAGGGUGAUCACUUCGAUCCACGUUAUCAUGAAGAUCCAAGAGACUACAGGGACUACAGAGACCCCUUUGAGCAAGACAUCCGGAAAUAUACUUACAUUCAAAGGGAGAGAGAAAGAGAACGAGAACGAUUUGAGGCUGACCGCAGCAGGUGGAGCCCCUCCCAUCCAAGGCGACCUAUUACUCCAUCAGUAUCACCCUCACCAUCUGAUCGUGCUCCCAGAGACUCCGAACGACGGGUUUUCAGCCAGUCUUCUGAGCGAAGUGGUAGUGUGAGUUCAAUGUCACCACCACACUUUGACAAAUCGGAUAAAACCCUGCUGGAUCAUGCUUCAAAGAGUGAAAAAACUGAGAAGAGCAGCCAACCAGAACGUGUGGUGGGUGCUGAGAAAACAAAACGUGCCAAACGAAAAGAGAAGGGUGAAAAAGUAGAAAAAAAUAAAUCAAAAAAGGCAAAGGGGCAAUCCCCAUCAAACCUUUUACCUGAAACUGAGCCAGAGACCGGUUUUGAUGGAAGUUCUGGAAGAGGACGGCUAUCAGACCAGGAAGCUCAUGAGAGGCAGAAAUCUAAAGGGGAUAGUGACAGUGGAAAUUUACUGUCAGCUGUUCACCAUGAUUCUACUAAGAAUGACAGAUCUGAAACGAGUAAAGGUGAAAAUUUGGAAUUGGAUGGAAAAAAUCGACCAAAGAAACAUCUUAAGUCAGAUGUUGGAAGUGAUGGAAAAGAAUUGUCAGUGGAUUCAGAUCGGCUUGCUGCCAGAAAAAGAAGAUUUGCAGAUCCAAGUGGAAGGACUGUUCGUCAGAAAAGAAGCAGACAUGAGGAAGAGGAUGGUAUUCAGUCCUCUGAAUUUGGUGCUAGUGCUGCAUUUUUAAAGGAGCCCGAAACUGACAAACACAGAGAUUCCCAACGGAGAGAUUCAAGGCUCAAAGCUGAAAAAAGUGGCACACAGAAGGAUGGCCAGGAGGACCUUAGGGGACAACAAGAGAAAUCAGAGGGAUCUCUAGACCCUUUAGAGUUGAAACGUCAUCAAGGGCACACGUCAUCCAGAAGAUUUUCACAUGAAGGAGUAGUUGAACAAAGCAGUGUAAGAGAACAAGAGCAUCAUCUUGCUUUUAAAUUCGGUACUCAAAAUGCUGAAACUGACAAAAGUGCUGAGACAAAGGAACACUAUGUGGACAUUGAUCUCUCUCAGAGUUACCGCAAGCAGAUGGAGCAAAAUAGAAGGUUGCACCAGCAGCAACAGCAACGUGAGUCUGACAAAACUGACAAACCAGAAAGUCCUCAAGGAAGUGAAACAGAGGACUUGGAACAUCGCAGUCUUGUGCAUGAAGUUGGUAAACCACCUGAGGAUGUCACAGAUAAUUUCCCAUCUUACAAACUAAAGAAACUAGACCAAUUUGACACAGAAUCUGGGACAAAGAGGGAGCGUGUCUACCGGAGCUUUAGACAAAAAAGUGAAGAUCCUGACUGGAACAAUACUUCCUCUCCAGGACACCAACAUUUUCCUCACCAUGCUGAAGAAGACUUUGUGGAUCCUUCUCAAAAAGAGCUGAGUAGAAAUGAGGAAAAGCUACACACUGAUCUGGAGCUUUUGGUCAAAAGGACACAUAACACUCAGGUAAACAAACCAAACACUCCUUUACUUAAUUUGGAAGAAGAGCAACAAAAGAGAUGGGAGAGAAGAGUAAAACACGACUUGUUACCAGACCUGAGCUUCUCCAGAAGUCUAGGUAAAAAUAUUCAUAAUCGCAAGCGUUUGGAAUAUGGUAUUUGGCAUGACUUGGAGCCUGGGGAAGUACGGUCUGACACUGAGGAGGACAGAGAGAACAAAUCCCAGUCCCCUGUUCCCUCAACGUCUAUGCCUUUUUCUGAUAGGCAAAGGAUUGAAAGGUUUUCAGACCCAAAACUAGCACAUCUUGAAAGAAACAAAUUCUACUCCUUUGCACUUGACCAUACCAUCACACCUGAUACAAAGGCUCUGCUCGAACGAGCAAAAUCUUUGUCAUCUUCUAGAGAAGAUAAUUGGUCAUUUUUAGAUUAUGAUUCUCACUUUGCAAGUUUCCGCAACAGAAAAGAUGUAGAGAAAGUGGAAUCAACACCGAGACCUACACCCUCCUGGUACAUGAAAAAGAAAAAGAUUCGAAGUGGAUCUGAAGAUAAACUGGAUGAUAGGAAGGAGGAGCCCAAGCCAGAGGAACAGGAACGCAGAGAACUUUUUGCUUCCCGGUUCCUUCAUAGUGCCGUCUUUGAGCUUGAUUCUAGACGACUUCAACACUUGGAGCGCAAGCAUGAAGAACCUGAGCAAACACAAAACCAACAACCUGGUCAGCAAGGGGCAGUGGAUGGUGAACUUGACACAGGGCCAGUUGUCCUAUUUCAUAGCCGUUUUUUGGAACUCACACGAUUACAACAGAAAAAUAAAACUCCACAGCCGCAAGAGGCAAAAGGGGACACAAUAAUCACAGAUGAGAAAAUGGAUAAGGCAUCUGUUCCUGAGCAACAUGCUUUGCAGUCCACUGAAACAACAGAAGCUACCUUGGAGCCGGAAAUUAAACCCAUUAGUCCUGUUGAAGAGCUGAAUUCUGAGCCCCAGCUCACACCAACACCUGCCACACAAUUUGUGAUCAAGGAGCUCCCUUCAGCAGAUCAGAAAAGUGCUGUCUCAGAUCCACCCCCUGAAUCAAACCCCCCUUUGUCUUUUGUAAAGGAUGAGUUAAAGGAGGAAGUUAAAGAAAUUGAACCUGUUGUGUCGGUGCAGCAUCCAUCAACAGAGAUACCAUCUGAUUCCUCACCUGCACAAAUAGCAGCACCAGAACCCUGCUACUCAGAGGAAAGAUGUAAGCCAUCUCCCCCAGAAGAAAAACUGGAAAUUUCAACAGAGGACUCAACACCUAUUGGUACAGGAAAAUCUGGCUGGCAAGACUCUCAUGAUGAGUUUGUUAGCAGUUCAGAAACAGAGCAGAACCCUGAAACAACACAGUCAAAUGUGCCAGAACCCACUAGCCCUAAACCACCUAGUCUUGCAGAGGAAUUAGAUGUAUCAAAGAAAGAGAACCUCCCUACAUUUAAAGCAGUAGCAGAGCCUGAGGGAGGGAAGACAGUUGAAGUUGAUAAAGAACAAAUGCCAACUGAUAAUGACACAAACGAUGAGCCUAUUUUGCCACAAAAGGAGCUUAAAAGUAAAGAAGUUAAAACUAAAAAGUCCAAGCAGUCUCCUGCUCGAGUUUCACCUGUUCCUGUUGUUUCUACCCCCACUUCUGAGAAGCCUGCAACACGCAAGAGUGAGCGCAUUGACAAAGAGAAGCUAAAACGUGGAUCAUCGCCAAGAGCUGAAACAAAGUCCACAGGCAAAUCUCCUAUUCAUAGCACAGAACCUGAUAUAGCAGAGUCCAGCAUAUCAGUAGGCAGAGCAAGACGACGAAAUGUUAAAUCAGUCUAUGCCACCCCGGUCGAAGAUGAUCCACCAGUUCGUUCUGGCAAGGAUACAGCAGAGUUGCCUCGCUCUGCGCGAAAACGAGGUUCAGACAAAGAUGCCACACAGCAACAAAUAAUUGAACAGGAUCCACCUGCUCCUACCCCUGUAACGAAACGAGGCCGUCCUCCAAAAAAUCGCAGACCAGUUGACGAGAUUUCAACAGUUAAAGUAGAAAAAUCGAAAAUGGACAACAAAGACACUGAUUCAAAUGAGUCAGAAAGUGGUGAAAAAAUUCCAAAAGCGUUAAAAGGGAAAACAUCCCCACAUGGCACAAAGGGUCAGUUGAAUCAGAUGUCCACAGUUCUGAGCACUGGUUCAUCAAGGAAGGGGGAUAAAACUGAUCCGGUUGAGGAUGAUGAACAGGAAAUGGACUUGACAGAUGAAGACUCUUCAGCUUUGCAAGAUCCAUCAAAUUUAUCUAAAGAAGAUCCAUCAAUAAUAGUUGAACAAAAGAAAGAGGAAAAAGAUGGACAAGGCAGAGAGUUUUGCAGAGAUAAAGAUGUUCUCAAUGAAAAGGCUAGUGGGGCUAAAUCAAAUGGGAAAGAGGCAGAUACCAGAGUCUUGGAAGAGAAACCCAACCCAGAAAAAGACAAAAUUGUUAGAGGAAAGACCAAGCUAACAAGGACUCCAAAAUCUCCUGUCCUAAAAAACCUCAAAAUCAGACUGAAUGUCACAGAAGUGAAAGAUCUCCUUCAGUUGGGGGAAGAUGAGCCUGGGAGUCAAGAGGAUUCUUCCAAAAAGUUAAGGUCUGGUGACCAAGGUGAGAAUGUUUCAAAUUUCACAAAUGCUAAUGGAGGAGGUUCCAGCAGUGAAGAAAAGGGAAAUGUUACUUUGGAACAAACAGAGCCAAAGGACACAUCAAAAAGCUUGAUUUCACAGGAGCGGGAGUUGGAACAGGCUGUGCAGAACAUAGCUAAACUUACAGUUCCAGCAUUUCCUGCAGAACCACCAACACCUCCUGUUACACUUACAGAGGUAAAAGGUGACCAAGAGGAGGAAAAGCCUUCAAAUCCUGCUAGUGAGACAGAGCUAAUGGCUGCUAUUGAUUCGAUAACUGCAGAGGAGUCAACUGUAGCAGUUACCCAAGCUCCUCCACCAAGUGCAGAGAUGGGUUCAGAACCUGAGAUGCAAGACUUCGUUCAGCCUGCAAAGGAUGAUGAACCUGAAACUACACUCUCCAUACAGGAAGAGCCUGUACUCCAAACCCCAACCAAAAGGGGUAGCAAGGGAAGACCUAAAACACCUAAACGCCCUAAAGGCCAAAAGCAAGUAAAAAAGGAUUCAAAGGAAGGACUUCCAACAAAUGAGGAACUGUCAACUCCUUUAGAAAAUAGUGUGAAGGCUGUUUCUGAAACAACUCAAUCAGCAACUGCAGCUGUCAUUACUCCUAUCACCUGGAAUCCAGAGCCUGAGCCUUCACCUGUCAGGACUACGCAUGUACAUACAAAUUUAGAGCCACCCUGUGAAGAACAGAAUCAAAAUCUUAAACCUGUCAACCCCCGGUCAAAGAGUCCAAUAUGCCUGAAGCCCCCACAGGUCACACCAGAGUCUGUUGCCCCUUCUCUGUCUCCUCUUGCUAACAGACCAAGUAUCAGACCAACUCAAACAAGUAGAAUUCCUGUUUCACCUCCCGAUUGGCGGCACCAGUCUAAAGAAAUGGGACCCUCCUCCUCACCUGUCAUGCCAAUAGUAUCGAAGGAAAACCAACCUUUGCUGUCAGACUCAGAAAACAUGGAUGUUGUUCAUGGUACAAGUGACUUGAGACAAAUUCUUAUGAAACACAAAAAUAUUUCACUUACGAGCAGUGGUUCUAUUCCAAGUAGUCUGCCUACCCUGCAUGAUCAGAACCUCUCGGAAAGUAAUGCUCCAUCAGCUGCUGUACCAAAUAAACCACUAGUACCAGAUAAUAGAAUGCCAGUCCAUCCUACUCCACCAAUUGUUCGACCUCCAGCUUCACUACCAUCUCCUGAGACGAAAUCUGUGAUCUCUGUUAUAGCAUCUACUGCAACUUCUGUUAUCAGUCGUGUUUGCAAUCCAUCUGAGCCUGAAGAUAAAUUAAACAUGAACAUUGGAAAUCCCUGUGUGGAUAUUGCUGUACCUAAACAAACUUAUAGGUCAAGUAAAGAGGACACUGGAUUAUAUCAUGUUGGUGAAGAAGGGGGAAGUACUGGACGGUUCAUUGUGGAGAGCCCCAGCCUUGGCACAGGAUCUUGUCCAGGUCUAAGAGUAAAUACAUCUGAAGGAGUGGUAGUAUUGAGCCACUCAGGCCAGAAAACAGAAGGGCCACAGAGGAUUAGUGCAAAAAUAAGUCAGAUCCCACAAGCGACAGCAGGUGACAUGGAAUCUCAACAGCUGGUAUCAAUGCCCCAGAUAAAACAGGAGCUGUAUGGUCAUUCUCAUUCAGGACUUCAAAAAGGGCCUUCAUCACAGGCAGAUCACGGGCAUCUUGGAAAGACUCAAUCAACUUUAUCCUCCACGAAACAAGAAAGUGCUGUUGAAAAGAUGGAAUCUACUUUCCAGUCUGGACCUCAAGGAGUAGUUAAGCGUCUCACACAGGGAAACCAACAAGUAAUGAGUUAUCAUCAAGAGUACAUGCAAAUGAAACAUCCGAAGAAAAUGGACACUGCUGAUCAUCACAGUACCGAUGGCAAUAAACCUGCUUGGACUUCUGCCAUAAGUCCUGCUAUAAGUCCCCAUUUACCCUCGCCACCUGGUAACCAUGUAGGCUUUGUCGCAGCUGCCAGUGAAAGAGCUUCUUCACAUAUCAGUGGAGUCAAACAAGAACCACGAUCACCUCGCAAGUCAAACCACCCACACUCCCCAUUUACUAAAGUAUCCUCACCCAUUGGCUCCUCAUCACCAAAGGGCAUACCAGUGAUGUUGUCAACUGGUAUUCCUGCUAUGCAACAGUUCAUUACUGGUGUUCAUCAUCCAGAACAGUCUGUAAUUAUGCCACCUCACAGUGUGCCAGGAGGCCUGGGACGGAUGUCUCCUCACCGUGUUACACAAGCAAUUCCAGUGGGACAUCUUGUCCAAGGAGAUGUAAGGGUCAAUACUCCACCGCUUUCCGUGAUGAACUAUGGGAUGCAUGGUGAGGCUCUUGCCUCUCCCUGGUCUGGUUCUAUGCAGCAAAGGCCCACAUCACCUCAGGCUGUUGGCAGAGAAAAAGUCCUCAAAGUAAACCCUGGUUCUUUGAGGGGUCAUGAGGGAGAACAGGAUGAACCCAGACGCUUCCAUCAGGCUCCAGGGAGGCAACCUGGCGCACAGAUAAAACAAGAGACAUUGCAGUCUGAUCCACGUGGACCUCUGCGGGGUAAUGUCCAGUUAGAGACAUACAUGGCACAAAGGGAUAUGCGUGUGCUCUUGCAUCAACAGGGAGAGCGCCUGGCCACAGAUCCUCAUUCAGGACACAUUCAGGAGCCUCUUCCUCCCUCUUCAGCACCCUCCAGCCUACCUUUAUCAUUGUCUCCAAGAGCGCAUGUUUUGUCUAAAGGUGUAUCUGAAAAGGAUAUAACAAAGCCACUGGAGGCAAAGCAGCCACACUCUCCUCUUGCUAAAGAUGGAUUGAUGGGAAUACGACAAUCUGGGCAAGCCAUUGCAUCUCCCCAGAGAGUUCAGUUAAUGACACCAGGACUUGGUGGUUCAUUCCCAGAGUACUCAUCUAUUUACACAAAUCCAAGAGGAAUCCAUUCCCAAAUACCUGAGACUUCCUCAGCUGGAAUGAACCAGCCACCAUUGAGCAUCACACCAACUUUGGGUGCAGACCUUCAGACCAAACCAGAUGGCAAGAUGACACAGCCUGUUAAUAUGGUGCAGUUGCUCACGAAAUACCCCAUUGUGUGGCAAGGCCUGCUGGCACUGAAGAAUGACACAGCUGCAGUCCAAUUGCAUUUUGUCUGUGGCAACAAAGCUUUGGCUCAUCGAUCACUGCCCUUGCAAGAAGGAGGCGCAUUGCUGAGGAUUGUCCAGAGAAUGAGACUAGAGGCUUCACAACUGGAGAGUGUAGCCCGAAGAAUGACUGGGGACAGUGAUUUCUGUCUUCUCCUUGCUCUGCCAUGUGGAAGAGAUCAAGAGGAUGUCCUUCACCAAACUCAAGCUCUUAAGGCAGCUUUUAUCAACUACUUGCAGACAAAGCUGGCUGCCGGUAUCAUCAAUAUACCCAACCCAGGUUCCAAUCAGCCUGCAUAUGUGCUCCAGAUUUUCCCACCAUGUGAAUUUUCAGAGAGCCACCUCUCCCAGCUCGCCCCUGACCUUUUGAACAGGAUUUCCAGCAUCUCACCACACCUCAUGAUUGUCAUCACCUCUGUGUAACCUUCACUGCUGGGAGCUGUCCCACUGAUGGGCGUUCUUACCAAUGAGCCUCAGGAAACCAGAGGAAUAUUUUUUUUCCUGGACAUAAAUGGAAAUGUAUAGGAUAUACCCUAUCAACACUUGCUUGUUUCCAUCAGUCUUUUUUUCUUUUGUCUGGUAUUUUUGUCCUUCUCAGAAGAACUCAGGGAUGGACCAAACCAGAACCCAGUCUUAUUUGACCAUUUCUCUGCUGUAUUUCUAUUUAUUGGAGUUUCAUUUUAAUGUUCGGAGAUGCUCUGAAGAAAAAAAAAAUCAGGAUGUUUGAUGAACAAGAUUGAGUGACUAUCCAGGUGGCCUUUUUUCUUUCAUCGGUCUAUUUGAUUGUCAUGUUCAUUUCUUCACCAGAGAGGAUCAUGGAAGCCGUUGUGCUGCAGUGGCUUAAAGACAUUUCAACUUAUUUUAAAUAAUGAUGUACAGACUUCCUUACCCAGGCUUUCUUUAGAGGAGGAAGAAUUAACUUGUAAAACCAUGGAGACUCCGUAGAGGACCACGUACGCUCAACAACUCCUUUAAUUCCACCAGCUCUGCUCGUUUUCUCACACUACUGAAGCAGUUACACCUCUGGGCACCUGCCUUUACAUUGAACAAGCUACAUUAGAUUUGGGAGGUUUUGAAUACAGGACUUUGUAAAUAUUUUAAAUAUUUAAAACUUUGACUAUGGAGCUUGGACAACCUGAUGCAGACUUGAACUCUGGGACAUACCAGUGCACAGAGUGCGAAAAAUUUGAUGGAUAGCCUUGAUUUUUGGGUGUAAAUACUUGUAACACAAGAAGGUUAGCAAACUCUCCUAUGGAGUCUGCUGAUGGCACUUCAUAUUUUGUAACUCAAAUAAAACAAACUCCAGAAACUUGAA